AUGCACUCUCUAUUCUUUCAUAUCUAUAAAGUAUUAUUACUAGGACUAUUUUUUCACAGUGCAGAUGCUGACGAAGAACCCACACCUGUGCCUAUAGUGCCCUUCAAUGCUCAGAUAGCAUUUAGGGAUUACUACGACGGUGCACCUGAAUGGGAUAUCAUUGCCAACUGUGUCAGUAACUACACAGACGUCAGGGCUAUCAUCGAUAGGCAUUACAAUGAUAGUGAUGCUGGUGUGUCAAUUUGGUUAGACACAGGUAGUAAUAGGGCAGCGGAUAUAGAUGAUAUGUUAAAUACAAAUAUUACCAGAUGCAUUAUGGACAAGACUAAUGCCAUGUUCGUUGAAGUUCGCGAUCAUAACAUUUUUGCGAUGAGGGCGAACACAGAUGAAGACUACUACAACCAUUUUGACAUUUUCGGACAUGGUUACCCACUCGACUAUGACAAAGAUUACGAGAGUUAUGGUGAACCAGAAAGUAAUACGUCUGUAUCCACUCAAUUAAGUGUACGUGGUGAUGGUAACUGGCCAGACAAUUAUUUCAUUAGCAGGUUGUAUAAUAAUUAUAACUUCAAGGGUUUCCAGUAA